AGAAAAGACCUAUGACCGGUAAUGAGAAAUCUAUUACUGAGUGUAGCACUUCCGGCAACAGCAGCGGUAGAAACGGCUGGGCGCAUCAGCGAACCCAUUGUGCAGGCGAGCCCAUUCUCUCUCCUGGAGAGAGAAGCACAGAUAAUUCCUCUCAUUGCAUCUGUCUAAAUGACUGCGAACAUGAAACAAAUGGAAAGCGCAGCACCUCGAUAGGCACCUGCGCGCUCUUGUCUUUUGUCAAAGACGGCAAAUUAUACCAGCUGCUACGGUUCAAACCCCACAAGGAACUCCCCAGGGUUGUGGGGGACGCCGCCGAUUUAACAUUGACCAUGGAGGGCCCCAUGAGGCUUCAAUCUUUCAGUGGCCUGAAGGAGAAAGACAGCAAGGCUAGCGAAGUAGGCUUCAUGCCUUGCAAAAAGCAGCACCUAGGCUGCUUCUCUGGGGAAUUAGCGCCACAGUCGGAAUCGGAAAUCCACUGGCAAGCGGAGUUGUUCCGGGUCCACACUGGUAACGAGACAGAAAUGCCGACGUACUCGAAGGUUCACCUCCAGCCGGGGAAGAAAAAGAGGGAUCACUGUUUUCUAACCGACGAUGAUUUAGAGACGUGGCCGAGUUUCGAGUCCAGACUGGAGCAGAUCGAUACCACCAAGCCCCACGUCUUUGUCGCAUGUUUUCAUCUUUUUGAAUGUGCGAAGACACCAAUCAUCAAUCACGGCACGUCAGCGACCACCAGCACUCAGAGUUUCUCCCACAAUCCUGGUAAAACAACGACCGACGGAUCCCAGCCACGCACAGCGGCGGCUGCCGAUAAGCCCCUGGACAAUACACGUCCGUCAGCGC